AUGCGAGACUUGCGGUUGAUAUCUGUCCCGUUGGAUAAGACCAGUGUAAAGAGUGUUGAGAAACUUCAGCACAUCAUUGGCAAGACUAACCAGGCAUCUUGCUACAAAUUCACCAUUCCAGAUCUGAAGGUUGGAAUACUGGACAGUCUUCUUAGUGUGUCAGAUGAACUCUACACACUUGAUGCCUUGACUGAAAGUGUUUUGAACAAAACAUGUCAGUGUAUGAGAGAAAUGAUGGAGCAAGACAAAGUGAUGGCAAACGUCUCAGCCGACGGAGGCCAGAACACAAAGCCAAGAGACCUCCAGUCCCCAUUUAAGGACUACAUGAAGUCUCUGAGAGUGGGCAUUCUAAACUAUGUGACCAACUUCCAUUGGGACAAGGCCAAGUAUCCCACAUCACUGCCUCUCUCCAGCCUGGUAAACAUCAUCAAUAAGGAGGUUUCACAAGUGGAAACAGAAUUAAAUUCCCGAGCUGCUGUGUACAACAGUGUAAACGCAAGCUUGCAGUGCCUGGAGCACACAUUCGGAGGGAGUUUGCAAACAUGCUGCCUGAACGGUAUGGUGAGGAGAGAAGAUCUGGUGGUGUCAGAAUACCUCACUAGUUUGCUGGCGGUGGUGAGCAGGGGGGACUAUGUGAAUUGGGAGCGGAAGUAUGAAUCAUUGUCAGAGUUUGUGGUGCCUCGGUCAAGCAGGAAACUCUACGAGGACGGAGAACGGGGCAUUUUUUCAGUGACACUUUUCAAACGAGAUGUUUAUGAAUUCAAAGCCAAAGCUCAGGAAAGCAAGUUCACUGUGCGCGAGUACUGCUUCAACCUGGAGGAGAAGCAGCAACGGGAGUGGAAGGAGCUCCAUGUUCACAGAAAACAACAAUAUGGCGUGUUUGUGCAUUGGCUGAAGGUGAAUUUUAGCCAGUUGUUUAUGGCCUGGAUUCAUCUGAAAGCCGCAAGGGUCUUUGUGGAAUCAGUACUCCGGUAUGGAUUACCUGUCAACUAUCAGGCCCUUCUGCUUCAGUCAGACAGGAAGUGUUCAGAGAAACUGAGACAAGAACUUGCCUCAUUGUUCGUGCAUCUUGACCCAACCGCCAAUGUCAGCGAGACAGACGUGACCUGUGACAUUCCAGGACUCUUCCAGCAGGAGUACUUCUCCUACAUCUGCUUUUAUGUUAACACCAACAUGCUGGACUUCAGCUAAUGAUGAGAGGAACCAAACAUGGACAAUGUUCCAAAAAAGUUGAAUUCAAUCCAUCAGUACAUUUUGCACUGAUCGCAAUUGUGAUCCACAUGACUGUUUUGCUCGCCAACAUUUUAGAAAGCCUUUAAUGGAGAAUUUUGCAGGCUUUCUGGUUUUCCUGGAAGAUUUAGACACAGUAAAUGAUUAUAUGGUAGUAUACUGAAGUCCAGUGUUCAAGAGGUGUCAAGAAAUGUAAUGCGGCAGCCGAGUG